AUGCGUAGCGAGGCCGGCAGUUCAUUGCCAAAGGUCUCGUACGUUAAAGCUAUCGAUAUUUGGCUCUCUUUAUGUAUGGCUUUCGUUUUCGCGGCAUUGCUAGAAUACGCCGUGGCGAAUUAUCUCAGUCGCCAGCGAAAUGGAAUUCUUUAUAAAAACUCGAUCCGUACUUAUGAACUCAAGCAGUUGCUGCAUAAGAUUGUCAGUCGAUCAAAUGGAGGGAAGGAUUCACAAGCGGUGAAUCGGCGAAGGAAAAACCACCGAAAACAAGAGCGGAACAACUACAAGCACCGAUCUGAUCUCUAUUCGAAUGGACAUAUCGACAAGUAUUCUUUGAACAACCAAAUGGAUCCGUAUUAUGACAACAAGGAAGAGUACUACGUAGAAUACAGUCCAGAGGAAAAUAAACAGUCGAUCGAAGCUGAACUCGCAAAGGCAAAAAAGGAGAAUAAAGAAGCCCAGGAGUACUACAAGAAGCUGUCAACAAAAUUAGAAAUCGAAUGUCGAAUUCUCUUCCCCUUGUCUUUCUUCGGAUUUCUCAUCUGCUACAUUGUCUAUUACUAUUACAUCACGGAUGAUUCCGUGGAAGUCAUGCAAGGAAUGACAGCUUAUAAUGAAACUGCAGAUGAAUAA